GGGGGACCCUGAUGAAAGGCCUUGGGAGCCCAGCAGGGCGGGGAAGGUCUGACCCAGAGCUCAGCCCCGCCCGGGCUGUCACGUGAGGGUGGCCCGCCAGUCAUGUGACCACAACCCUCGGCGGAGCAGAGAUGAGCGGCCCGCUCCUGCCGGCCCUGCCCUGGGCCUUGCCCCUGCUGCUGGCGCUGGGGCUGCGCGGCCUGGAGGCCGGGGCCCACAGAGCCCCCCAGUGGGACUUCCAGGAGGCCUACUUUGAGCAGCUUCUGGACCACUUCAACUUCGAGAGGUUCGGCAACAAGACCUUCCUGCAGCGGUUCCUGGUGUCAGAGAAGUUCUGGAAAAGGGGCGAGGGGCCCAUAUUCUUCUACACGGGCAACGAGGGAAACGUGUGGUCCUUCGCCAACAACUCGGGGUUCAUCCUGGAGCUGGCAGCGCAGCAGGGGGCCCUGGUGGUCUUCGCAGAGCACCGGUACUACGGGAAGUCACUCCCUUUCGGAGAGCGGUCCACGGCGCGCGGGCGCACGGAGCUGCUGACGGUGGAACAGGCCCUGGCCGACUUCGCCAGGCUGCUCAGCGCGCUGCGGCGGGACCUGGGGGCCCAGGGCGCCCCGGCCAUCGCGUUCGGCGGCAGCUACGGCGGGAUGCUCAGCGCCUACAUGAGGAUCAAGUACCCGCACCUCGUGGCUGGGGCGCUGGCAGCCAGUGCGCCCGUCGUUGCUGUGGCCGGCCUCGGGGACUCCUACCAGUUCUUCCGGGACGUGUCGGCGGACUUUGAGGGCCAGAGUCCCAAGUGUGCCCAGGGCGUGCGGGACGCAUUCCGGCAGAUCAAAGACCUGUUCGUACAAGGAGCCUAUGCCUCGCUCAGCCGGGAGCUCGGCACCUGCCAGCCGCUCUCCAGCCAGGAGGACCUAGCCCAGCUCUUCGGGUUCGCCCGGAAUGCCUUCACCGUGCUGGCCAUGAUGGACUACCCGUACCCCACCGACUUCAUUGCGCACCUUCCCGCAAACCCCGUCAAGGUUGGCUGUGAGCGGCUUCUGAGUGAGACGGACAGGAUCAAGGGGCUCCGAGCGCUGGCUGGGCUGGUGUACAACUCCUCGGGCGCGGUGCCAUGCUAUGACAUCUACCUGCAGUACCGGGCGUGCGCGGACCCCACGGGCUGCGGCUCGGGCCCCGACGCCGAGGCCUGGGACUACCAGGCCUGCACCGAGAUCAACCUGACGUUUUCGAGCAACAACGUGACUGACCUCUUCCCAGACCUGCCAUUCACCGAGCGCCACCGCCAGCAGUACUGCCUGGACAGGUGGGGCGUGUGGCCCCGGAGGGACUGGCUGCAGACCAACUUCGGGGCGGGAGACCUCAAGGCUGCCAGCAACAUCAUCUUCUCCAACGGUGACCUGGACCCCUGGGCAGGGGGCGGGAUCCAGACCAACCUCAGCUCCUCUGUCCUCGCUGUCACCAUCCGGGGAGGAGCCCACCACCUAGACCUCAGAGCGGCUCACCCAGAAGACCCCGAGUCCGUCCGAGAAGCUCGCAGGCUCGAGGCCAGGCUCAUCGGCGAGUGGGUGCACACAGCCAGACGAGGACAGCGGCCACGGCCGGCACAGCGUGGGGGACGUGGAGGUGAGGGGCGCGCCUCGACUUGGGACCCGACAGGACUCCCCGGGAGCAGCUCAGGGCGCUGGGGUGAGGGGCUAUGGCCGAGGCAGGGGCCGGAGGAGCGUCCGUGCCUGGCUGUAUGCAGGGCAAAGCGUGUGGUCUGUGGGCCUUGUGGGGCGACAGUGUGACCUGUCACCACCAAGACCUCCCAAACCAGCCACGUGUUUAAUAAAACCUAGCUCUCUACUCGCA